AGAUGCCACAUCUAACAAAACGAAAAAAACAAAUAGCAUAUAUACCAAGAAAAAAAGGAUAUUUUGUUCAAGAAGAAGAUAAUAAAACUACAGUAAUUGUUAAUAAUACUACUACUAUUAUGAAUCAACUUGUUAUAGAAAGAGUUGCUACUACUAAUACUGAGGUUAUUGUCAAUAUUAAUAUUCAAGAAACUGUUGAAAAAUGGUCUGAAAAAGAUUUAAGAGAGUUUGAAAAAAUUAAAGAAAAAUUUGUUAGUGAAGCUCUUAAUUGGUAUAAAGAAGCUGGAAAUAAUCUUAAAACAACAUAUAUUGGAAACUCAAGAACAACGGUAUGGAGACAAAACAAAAAAAAAAAGAAUAUGCAGAACAUUCCAAAGAAAUGA